UUAUUUAAGAUCAUUACUGCUCUUAUAUUAUUCUUAAUGCUCUACACAUAUACACUCUAAUAAUAAUAAUAAUAAUAAUAAUAAUAAUAAUAAAACUAUUACAUAAUGCAUACUCCCGAUCGUAAACUUGGGCACUUGGAAAAAUUCCAAAUCUCCAAGCAGUUAGUAAAAUGCUAUGGCAGUGUUAAUCUUACAGUCGACCUUCACCAUUCCCCUCGUCCUAUUCAUGAUGACAAAUCCAGCGCAAGACAAUUUUACAUUGACAAGUUGUCUCCUGCACUUGCUCAGCUUAUUCAAGACCACCCAUUAUUGUCAGUAGCUACCAAAGAUUCGUACAAGCCUUCUGCUCAUUUCAUUCGCCUAGAGUCUGUUAAUCUUGAAGAAAUCAUCCUUUUUGAAGAAUCCCGAUUCUGGGAAGAACGAGACCAGAUAAUUGCCAACGAAUCUCGAUAUGAAUUCGACCUCGAUGCAGAAUCACCUCUUUGGCAUCUGUUGGUUUGUGCUCAUCCCGAUCGGCCUGAUCAAUGCUCAAUCACACUUACCGUACAACAUUUGAUUGCCGAUGGUGGUAGUCUGGUGAUUUUCUGGAAAGGACUUUUAGCUUACCUAAGCAACCCUCCUUCUCAUACUGGUUUUGCUUCAAACAUUGUAACCAUCAUUUCCUCCGAACCUUUGCCUUCCCCUAUGGAUCAGCGUCACCCACCCGAGCUUGAUUUUGUGGAUAUGUGUCAAGUGGUGUACGGCGAGACCGUUAAGAUUCUUCCUAAAUCUUUGAAAAAUUUCCUGGAUCCCUCUCAGUUGUCUUGGGGGGGCGAUUAUCCUGCUCCUGCAGAUGCUGUACACAAUACUGUUUUACGUACUUUAAAGUGUGGCGGACCAACGUGGCAAUCGAUUGUAAAGAAAUCAAAGGAACAUGGCGUGACGGUACACGCGACUCUGUAUGCAACUGCUGUGCUCGCUUGGUCUGAACUUUAUCCUAAUACUUCUCUCAAGACAUUUACGCCUACCAACUGUCGAUUUCUUUGCAAAGACACUCCGUCCGAUGAAAUUGGAAACUUUGUUGGUACAUUUGAAAACUUCCUCACCGUAGGUGAAUUGGGUAUUGGGGUAUGGCCUUUGGCGAAGUCUUAUCACAAAAUUUUGCAAGCCAACAAGAUCAAUUCGGCAAAGAAAGCAUGGCUUCUAAAGUACCUCAAGAACUUUCCGGAAGAUUAUUAUGAAUUUUAUCGUAAAAGGCGUGAUAUCUACGAAAUGGGACGUGUUGGUGGAAUUGAGCUGUCUGAUCUCGGCCGAGCCGAUGUCUUACCAUCUGGUGGCGACUGGAAAGUUGACGGCAUGUGGUUCUGUCAGAGUGCACAUACUUCUUCUAAUGCAUUGGGUCUCAACACAAUUACUUUUGAUGGAACUGCGCAUGCUACAAUUGCAUGGCAGGCAGGUUCGUUAGAUGAAUCCAAAAUUGAUAGAAUGAGCCAGGUGUGGUUAACUCAUCUCGAGAACUGCGCCAUCUAAUCAAAAAGAGUGACGCAGCAUAAUGUAGAUAUAUAUAUUCUUUACUUUUAAUUUGUAUUCAUUUAUUUUAUAACUGUUUAAUAAUAAUAACCAAACGUAGCAAAGAAUAAACAUCUCUUAUGGAAUCAUC